AUGAAGAUUGUAAAUGGAAAUUUACCAAAAAAAUUAUACGGUGGAAAUUUGAUUGAUACGCGUCGUCGACCAUGGCAAGUAUCAAUCCAACUUCAAGAUUAUCAUAUUUGUAAUGGUGUUAUUAUUUCUGCUAACCACAUAUUAACAGCUGCUAGUUGUGUAACAGCUGAUAGUAAUGUUUUUUAUAGUAAUCUUCAAAUAUUAAGUGGAACAAAUGAUCUACUGUCACGCGUUGAAUUAUCUUAUCGAAAAAUUUAUAAAGUUGCAUAUACAAUAUUACAUGACAAAUACAAUCCUCAUAAUUUUUGGAUCAAUGAUAUCGCUAUUCUCAAAUUAGAAACACAAAUAAUAUUUAAUCCUAUAUGUAAACCUGCAACAAUACCAGCAGUAUGUACACAACGUAGUAGAUUAAAGUUAACAGGUUGGGGUCUUGAUCCAACAACCAAUAACAUCACAAGAUAUCUUCAACAAAUUGACGUUCAAUCAUUGGCUUCUCAUACUUGUAAAAAUAAAUUUUAUCAACAACAAGAUUUUCAUCAAAGCCAAUUUUGUUCCUUGCCAUUGUUUACAACAGCUCGUAUCACCGAGGUAAUAAUAAUAUAUACAAUUAAUUUAUAAAAACAAUAAUUAUCUAUAAAUUAUUUAGGGAAAUGGAGGCAGUCCUAUUACAGCUGGACGUUCUACUCUUGGAAUUAUUUCAUUGAUUCCAACAAAACUAUUUUAUCCUGCAAUUUAUACACGUGUUUAUCAUUACCUCGAUUGGAUUAAUGAUAUUAAAAAUACAAUUUAAUUUUCAAAUUAUUUUAUUAAUUUUUAAUCAAAUU